CAACAUAGUAACGUCGCGUAAGUUUCUCUAGAGACAAACAUUUUCCCCAUAUACUCAAAAUAGUAAUAGAUUUGACAGAAGAAAACCAUAUGACAGGUAGAUUUUUAUUUUUUAAGAAAAUAAAAAGACUUUGUCAAAAAAAUGUCCUCGCUUAAAUGUUCAUCUUCGAGUAUGAAUGAGAUCCUUGUUCAUUAAAGUCGGUCAAAAAUUAUGGCUGUUCUCAUUGACGGCGUGAACAACCUCAUAAAAGCAGCCAAUUGUAAUUCGGCUGCACAAAUCGAACACAUCGAGUAAUAAUUCUAUACAGUGGUUUAAUCAGACUUCACGACCUUCAGGAGCUACGACUUGUGGUCUCCGAAAGAUCUUGUGCAUCUCAUUGAUGCGUCUGCAUUUGGUGACACCGUUAGUUAUGAGCCAUGCCGGAGGAGGCGCAACAGUCGCGGCGAGGCCGCCACAGGCCAGCGACGUUGCUUAACUCGACGCACAUUCAAUCGACGAAUAUUAAAUUCUUUUGCGUGCAAGCACAUAGAUAGAAUAGAAUUCCAUAUCUGUCUAUUAUUCAAAGCGUCAUAAUAAUAGAUUUAUAACCUUCUCUCGUGACGAUGACCCUACAAAGUUUCCCAAGGGGAGGUGAAAAACGUAAAAGUAUAACGAAUUCGGUACAAGUGUUUCAGAAGAAAAAAGGAAAGAAAAAGGAGAAAAAGAAAGUUGCCAAAGAAUCCGACGAGGAAUUUAACUUUAUCGCUCGUACAGCGGAACGUUUAUCUAAUGCGACGCUAUGCGAAGGUCUAAAGAUCUUGGGAAGAAUUUGCGAAGUCAAAGAAUAUGAAUUAAUCGUUUCUUUACCGGGCGGAUUAAGUGGCCAAUUGACAGCACCUAAUGUUAGCAAAUCGUAUAAUGAUUUAUUAAUAAGUAUAGUCAGGGGAGAAGUAAAUGAGGUGUCCCAAUAUAAACCUUUAACCGAAUUAUACGAUAUAGGAGAAUAUAUUGUAUGUUACGUUCGAAGUACUCAAGCGGAUGGAAAAUGGAAUAUACAAUUGUCUCUGGAGUCUCAUUUAAUAAAUCAAAAUGUUGAUAUUAAGUAUUUGGUUAUUGGUACAAGAUUGGUUUGUUCCGUGAGCAGCGUAGAGGACCAUGGCUAUAUCUUAGACACAGGGAUUCCAAAUGUAAGAGCAUUUAUAUCUAUUAAGGAUGUAGAUGCGGAUAAAAAAUAUUUUGUAGGUAAACAGAUUUUUUGCUGUAUCAAAGAAUUGCAAACGACAAACAAUGUUACGACCAUUAAUUUGUCAACCAAACAGAAAUUAAUUGAUAAAGUUGCCAAUUAUGAGAUAGAAUCGUUAGACGUUCUUACACCCGGAACAAGGGUUCCCCUUCGUAUUCGAAAGAUCUUAUCAAAUGGAUUACAGGUGUCGUACGGCAAAGGACAUCAUAUAGGUUAUAUAAAUAGAAUUUAUAUGGAUAAAAGUGUGUCGUCUUAUACGGAGGAUAUGACGAUAAACGGAACGUUAAUGUAUAUUAUGCCAACGGUAAAAUUUGGAUAUUUUAGUUUAAUUGCGAAGAAAAUGACAGAAACGGCCGGAUGGUCACACGAGGGUGACAAUAGAAUGAAUAGGGGCGAGAUCGUUGAAAAGGCCACCGUCUUAUUUCGGGAAUCCAACGGUAUCGUCUUAAGGUUAGACUCGCGCUCACGCGGUUUUGUAUCCUUUCACAGAACUGACGUCGGUUUCGAUAAAGUGACGAAUAAAUUUAUACCUGACUCCGUGCAUAAAUGCAGAAUAUUGUUCUAUAAUUGGAUGGAGAAAAUGUAUAUAUGCACAAUGCAACAGGAUGAAUUGCAGGAGAAAUAUUUUACGGAAUCUGAUCUUUCUAUAGGCGACAUAUUACGCGUACAAAUAAAAACUAUUAAUAUUGAAAAUAAUUAUAUGACCGUCAGCAUAGGAAGAAUUACCGGAACCGUUGCUUCCGAUCACAUAUCUGAUUUUGGAUCGAAUGUCAUGGGAACGUUGAAAGUUGGCCAAUCGAUUGAAGCGAGAGUUUUGAAUAUAAACAGAGAAAAAAGUAAAGUACAAUUUACAUUGAAGGAAUCAUUGUUAAAGAGUAAUUUGCCGAUUUUGUCAGACGUUCGUAGUGCCAAAUGCGGUACAAGGCAUCAUGGUACCAUCGUUCAAAUUAAUAAGAAUGGAUUGUUAAUAAGAUUCUUUGGAGAGGCCAAGGGUUGGCUUCCAUUCGUAUAUUUAGAGAAACGUACUGCUUCUGUAAAUUGGAAUUACUCGAUAGGUCAAACAAUCGCGGUAUAUAUCGAAAGUGUCAAUGAAACCGAAGGAAAAAUGAAAUUGAAUUUAAUUAGUAACAUUGCCAAUAUGAAGAAUAGUGGAUUAUUGAUUGGGCAGGUCGUUGAAGGUAACAUAAUAGAAGCUUCUACCGAAGGGAUACGUUUGCAGAUUAAAGACAAAGAUGAAUAUCCCCAAGAAGGAUUUUUACCAGCCGGUCAUAUGGCACCGUGCAUCGAGAUUGGCAGACUUCUAGCGUCAAAGUGUAUACCUGGCGAUGUUAUUUCAGCAUUAGUAUUUGCUACCGAGCCAAAUUUAUUAUUAAGCAGGACAUUUUUAACGGACGAAAAACAUCGAGAAUUAAAGCAACUCAAAGUCGGAGAUUCUAUACCGAGCUCGAUUAAAGAUAUUGCACAGGACGGCAUUAGGGUUGUACUACCUAUCAACGAUUAUAAAAAGUAUGGAUUUGUUCCAUAUAAUAGGAUUACCAAUUUUGACAUGAUACAUGCAAAUCAAAUGUUAUUCGUGAAGAUCAUUAACAUUGAUAAAAAGGAAGAACAAUUGAAUUUAACCAUGUCAUUGGAAAAGUUAUGGACGGAAGAAAAUGACGAGGGUAUGAAAAUAAUGGGAUCGGUGGAUCUUCUUAAUCUUUACUUCAAUAAGAUAAAAGAAUUGAUAAGUAAUCCGUAUUAUGAAGGCAGACCGAUAUUAAAUGCGAGGAUAGGACAGGUCGUUACUGGAAGAAUUGAUAAAAUUACGAGUCAUGGUCUUGUAUUAAAGUUGGAAAAGAAUUUGGAAGGUACCGUACGUAAAGAUCAUUACAGCGGAAAUGUAAAAGUGGGAGAUGAAGUAUCGGGAAAAAUUUUAUGGAUCAAUUAUGUCCAUGAAUUUGUUGAAGUUACAUUAUUACCUAGUAUUAUACAUAAGAUUAAUUCCAAACAAAACGUUCAACUACCCGCUAAAACUUUAUUGCGCGGAGAAAUUGUGAUGGUUUCACAAUGGUUCAUUUUAGUUGUAUUGAAGGGUAAAGGGAAAGGCACCUUAGCUGCUUUACCAGCUCGUCGUCAUGUGAAUGACUUACGGCCUGACUCAAGGCCCUAUAUAUUUUUAUCUCGCAUUAGGUGUUAUGCCAUUUUAAAUAAACACGAAUCUGAUAUUAUGCCGAUCUGCAUGUUAAAAUCAGCAUUUGAAGUGUCAAGAAAAGCCGCUUUGUCUAAAGUAAUACGAAAGCAGCAACAACAAGGUACGUUGAAAAGAAAAUCGGUAAGCGUAAUAAGUAUUAAUGGAGAAGAGGAGCGGAUGAAGAUGCAAAAUUAUCCAAAGAAAAAUUCUUCCUACAAUGCGAAUUGUAUUGAGCGAUUUAAUGAAGAUCAAUUACCUCGAAAGAGAAAGCUCGAGGAAGAAACUGUCACGUGCAAAAAGAAAAAAUUAAAUAAGAAAAUCCAAAAUCUUAAUGGCAUAAGUCAAACUGAGAUUGAAUUUGGGAAUGAAGAAAAUCGAAAGGAUUAUAAUAACAUUGAUAAAAAUAAUCAAGAUAAGAGAGAUAAUGAGAAAGUAACCGAUAGAAAUGUAGUUGGUAUACCUCAAUGUGGCUUUUAUUGGGAUACUAUGCCAGACGCAAGAUUAGUAGCCGAUAUUGAAACAUCUAGCGACAGCGAAGACGACAUCGAGGAGCGAGAGAAAAAAUCGAAGGUGAAAAAAUUAAGUGCGGCCCAGCGUAGAGAACGGGAACGACAAAAGGAACGUGAAAUUAGAGAACGCGAAGAGGCUUUGGCAAGCAAUCGAAUGCCAAACUCGGUAGAUCAGUUUGAUAGAUUGGUAUUGGCAAGUCCCGAUAGCUCGUUAGUUUGGUUGCAAUAUAUGGCUUAUCAUUUACAAGCGACGGAAGUAGAAAAGGCAAGAGCAAUUGCCAGAAGAGCCAUUAAAACGAUAAAUUUUAGGGAAGAAAAUGAAAAAUUAAAUGUAUGGAACGCCUGGUUGAAUUUAGAAUCGAAAUUUGGUACGCCUGAAGCUCUCAAUGAUGUCUUUCAAGAGGCCGUAAGAACUAACGACGCAUCAAAGGUCUAUACGCACAUGUUAACGGUGCAUGCUGAAGCAGGACGACAAUUUGAAUUAGAGAAAUUAGUUAAUACUUUCAUCGGAAAAUUUAAACAAAAUCCGAAAGUGUGGCUGGAAUGUGGUGGUGCUUUAUUAAAGCUUGGCUUGAAAGAUAAAUCUAGACAAGUAAUGCAACGUGCUCUACAAUCUUUGCCAUCGUCAGAACAUGUCAAUAUAAUGUUACGUUUUGCAAAUCUUGAAAAUCAAUUUGGAGAAAAGGAAAGAUCGCAAACAUUGUUUGAACAAAUUUUAAGUUCAUAUCCCAAACGCGUUGACAUAUGGUCUUCUUAUGUAGAUUCUUUGGUAAAGUCAGAAGAAAUUUCUAUUGCAAGAAAAGUGUUGGAGAGAGCAAUUGUUCAAAAUUUACCGCCAAAAAAGAUGAAAGUACUUUUUAAAAAAUUCAUUUCCUUUGAAGAGAAGCAUGGUACACCAGAAGAUGUAGAGCAUGUACAGCGUGCUGCUGCCGAUUAUAUAGAGAAUCAAUGUGGCGAACGUGUAAAUUGAUUGUUAUAUAAUAUAUUUAUAGCAUCGUUAUAUUGUAAGAAAAGAAAAGAAUUAAUAUUAA